AACGUCAUUUUGCACUGAUUGAUGGGAAUGCUGAACCUCCACGGGAAUUCCCUUCAUAAAGACAGAGGCCUCUUCGUAGAAGCAUUGCAGACCCAUCAACCAUGGCUGCAGUACUUCAGCUGAGUCCUUUGGUCUAGCCACCCCAAGUUUCAUAGCUCUCACUAACCAAAACGAACCCAAAUCCAUAGCCAAGGACACUUCCCCAACUGGGUCACUCAAAAACUGUAAAACCAUAAACCAAGUGAAGCAACUUCACCGUCACAUCACUAAGAAAGGCCUCAGCGAGAGACCCUCUAAUGUCACCAAGCUUAUUAGCACAUGAGCCAAAACGGGCACCUUCGAAAGCUUAGACUAUGCCCGAAAGAAGAAGAAGAAGAAACAAAGGGUGUAUUGUUCAUGUACAAUUCUCUGAUAAAGGGUUACUCUGGUUCUGGGCUUAGUUACGAGGCUAUUGGGCAUUAUGUUCAGAUGUUGCAUUGAGCGCGAGCUUGAAGAUUGUGGCUUUCUAUGAAGGAGUUCAGCUCCAUUAUGGGUUUGGAGGAAGAUGUGUUUAUUGGGAAUUCUUUGAUUCAUUUCUAUGCAGAAUGUGGGGACUCGGAUUAUGCCCAGAAUGUGUUUGAUGAAAUGCUUGAGAGAAACACUGUGCCGUGGACUAGUUUGAUUUUGUGGUUAUGGUAGCAGGAAUAUGCCAAAGGAGGCUCUUUCUUUGUUUUUCGAGAUGGUGGCUACUGGGAUCAAACCCAAUUCGGUGACUAUGAUGUGUAUCAUUUCUGCUUGCGCAAAGUUGAAGGAUGUUGCUUUGAGUGUGAGUGGUCUAGUGGGGUGGUUGAUCAAGAGUUUGCAGCAGACGUAGCCAUAGCCAAUUGGCAUUUCAUACCUCACCUUCAAAACCGAACAGUUCCUGAGCAGCCAAAGUUUGUGUUCCCUAUACUUUGUUUUAGUCCUACACUCUCCAUGAGCGAUUUUCUGGAGAAGUGCGGUGGCUGUGCCGUUCUGGACGGCGGGUUUGCGACGGAGCUGGAACGACAUGGAGCUGAUCUCAACGACCUUCUCUGGAGCGCCAAAUGCCUCGUCAGUUCUCCUCACCUCGUCCGAAGGGUGCAUUUGGACUACCUUGAUGCUGGAGCAAACAUCAUAAUAACCGCAUCUUAUCAGGCCACUAUUCAGGGUUUUGAGGCCAAAGGUUUCUCCAAGGAAGAAGCCAAAGCCCUGCUCAGGAAAAGUGUAGAAAUUGCAAUCGAGGCAAGAGAAAUUUAUUAUGACAAAUGCACCAAAGGUUCUUGGGAUUUUGUGGAUACAGGAAAGCCAUCGAGACAUCCAGUUCUAGUUGCAGCAUCUGUGGGAAGCUAUGGAGCCUAUUUGGCUGAUGGUUCCGACUAUAGUGGCAACCAUGGAGAUGCAGUAACUCUAGAAACAUUGAAAGAUUUCCACAGGGAAAGGGUUCAGAUUCUGGCCAACUCUGGUGCUGAUCUAAUUGCAUUUGAGACAACUCCGAAUAAGCUAGAGGCGAAGGCAUAUGCUGAACUUCUUGAGGAAGAAGCAAUAGAUAUUCCAGCAUGGUUUACUUUUGCUUCUAAAGAUGUAAUCAAUGUGGUGAGUGGUGAUUCCAUCUUUGAGUGUGCCUCAAUUGCUAAUGCAUGCAAGCAAGUUGUUGCUGUUGGAAUCAACUGCACACCACCUAGUUAUAUCCAGGGGUUGAUUUCGUCUAUUCGAAAGGUAACAAGCAAACCAAUAGUGAUAUACCCCAACAGUGGUGAGACCUAUGAUGGUCAGAGCAAGCAAUGGAUUGUAAGUGUCCUCCUAUAUGAAUACACAUUUGCAGAAAUAGUCAUAGAGAAGUGGCGUGAGGCUGGGGCUUCCCUGUUUGGAGGCUGCUGCAGAACAACUCCAAAUACCAUAAGGGCAAUAUCUAAGGCUCUUUCUAACAAGUCUUCUGCGGUUAACGGCGCCUAGUGUAGUUCUGAAAAUGAGAUGUAAAUAUUGUAAUCUGAUGCUAAGAAUAACGCAUGUUUCAUUGUUUUGUAACUCCAAGGAAGUAGCAAAUUACUGUCACCCUGGUGCUGCUGCUGUAUGGUGACUGGUGAGGUCGUUUCACAUCGAAUAACAGUGUUUUUGUUACCUUUUGAAGUUAAAUUUUACUAGCAUUCCGUAGUGUGUC